AUGGCCGAAAAGACCCCCAUCUUUGUCAUUGGCGCAACCGGUUAUAUCGGAGGUUCUGUCCUCUCCAGGUUUCUCUCGCACCCUAGCGCAAACACCUUCGAUUUCACAGCGCUUGUGCGCAGCGAGGAGAAAGCCAAAAAGCUCGAGCAGUUUGGCGUCCAUAGCGUUAUUGGUUCCUACAAGGAUACUACGCUGGUUGAGAAGCUCGCCGAGAAUGCACACCUCGUUCUCUCCUUGGCCGACGCAGAUGACCUCCCGGCUAUCCAGGCUAUCCUUAAGGGCCUAAGACAACGCCAUGCGAAGCUCGGCGAUCUCCCUAUUCUCAUUCAUACCUCUGGCACAGGCAUUCUGACCGAAGGCCAAGAGACCAAGGGAAUGGCAGCCACCGACGUUAUCUACGAUGACUCGGACUUCGAGCAGAUCGCCAACAUCAAGCCAACUGCGUUGCAUCGUGAUGUUGACAAUGCUAUCUUCGAGGCCGACAAGCAGGGCUACGCUAGGACUUACAUCAUUCUACCUAGUACCAUCUAUGGUAUCGAAAAGAACCUGCUGGUCGAUGCAGGGAUCCAGAACCCGUUCUCUGUCCAGAUUCCUAUGCUCAUCAAGGCUUCUCUCGCCCGCGGCCGGGCGGGCAUGGUAGGCAAGGGACUUCCGUUUUGGCCAGACGUCCACAUUGACGAUGUCGCGGACCUGUACAUCAUCCUAUACGACGCGAUUAUCACCAAGGGCCCCGAGAACGUUGAUCACGGAGUUCGCGGCUACUACUUUGGCGAGAAUGGCGAGCACACGUGGUACGACAUUUCCAAGGGGAUCGGCGAAGCCAUGGUGGCGCUUGAUCUCACUAACGAUCCCGAACCGACAACAUUCACGGAUGAGGAGCUUGAGAAGCAUUUCGGCUCUGUGGAUGAUGGCAACUACUCGGGUACGAACUCGCGUGCUCGUGCGACACACUCAAGAUCUCUUGGCUGGAAGCCGAAGUACACCACCCAGGACAUGAUCGCAAGUAUCAAGCCAGAGGUUGAGGCAAAUUUGAAGCAAAAGCAAACUCAGCAGUAGUAGUCAUUAAGCAGAAAGGACCGAGUGUUCCAUAGUACCACAAAGACAUACGCGGCGUUAAUAUUU